AUGGCAAACGGUCACUACUUGAGUUUACUUAUUGGUGUUUUGAUGACAUUUUACAACGCGCAUGCAGGACAAAGAAAUCAGGAUGUACUCAACUUAUUCAACAAGAACUACAAAGGGGAUGGCACCUACUACGGUCAGGGUACUGGAGGGACGUGCCAGUACUCCACCCCACUCCCUCGGGCCGCUACUGACCCUAAGAUUAAGGCCCUUGUUGCAAUCAACAGACCCCAGUUUCUCAACUCUCUUACCUGCGGUAUGUGUUUAAAGGUAACUGGGAGUGGUAAGGGCAAAGGCGCCAAUCCGAUUACAGGGAGCUUCAUUGUCUUUGUCAAAGACCUGUGCCCAGAAUGUAAAGAAGGAGAUGUAGACCUGGCACUUAAUGGAGACGGUCGGUGGGAUGUGACCAUUCAGGCCGUCCAGUGUCCUGUUGGUGCCUCCACAAUACAGUACACCUUCCAGGGAAGUAACCCGUGGUAUCUUAAACUCCAAAUCAGAAACGCCAGAAUCCCCAUAACGGGAGUCCAGGUACGUAGAUCCAACCAGUGGGUCACCAUGACCCACAGCGCCGACGGUUAUUGGAUACUAAGUGAUGGACGACAAAUGCCGGAUGGUCAGUUUGACAUUCGGCUCACGGCUGCCAACGGCCAGGAUCUCUAUGACGCGGUGCCAAGAAUUGAUAAUUCCAACAUUCUGGACGGUGUCCGAAGGGUUCAGGUGGCAUUUGACCCAAGUCUGCCCAAUGCCUAG